CAUGAGAUACAUUGAAUUAAGUCAAAAGUCUUUCAUAAUUAUUAAGAAAGAAUAAUUAGUCAAACCAAAUGGAAGCAUCAAAAUUGGCUACCCAUGAAAAAUAGAUAAUGCAUCCCCUGUUAUUCAUUCCCUCCAGCCUGCCAAUAUGUUUUCAUUGUCCUUGUGACAAUAUCUUGAAAAAUGAAACCCAUAUAAAUGGUGGAGGAGCAAGAUAAGCCAAUCACAUCCAUUUUUAAAUAGCAAAACAAGCUCACAAAAAGGAAGAAAUGGCCGAGCUGUUCGUUAAUCAGGCAAAACAAUAUGCAGAGACAAGGCCUAGUUAUCCUCAAGAACUGUUCCAAUUCAUUGCCUCAAAAACUCCCGCUCGUGACCUUGUAUGGGAUGUUGGCACAGGAAGUGGGCAGGCUGCUCGAUCGCUAGCUGGGAUAUACAAGCAUGUAACAGGAACAGACACAAGCCUGCAACAACUGGAAUUUGCACCAAAACUUCCCAAUGUGAGCUACCACCAUACGCCUUCAGUUAUGUCAAUGAGUGGACUUGAACGGACUGUGUCAACACAAUCUAGUGUUGAUCUAGUGACUAUUGCUCAGGCCAUGCAUUGGUUUGAUCUCCGUGCAUUUUACCAACAAGUUAAAUGGAUACUCAAAAAUCCUGAUGGGGUCAUUGCUGCUUGGUGCUACACAAUUCCUGAAGUCAAUGACUCUGUAGACUCAGUCCUCAAUCCAUUUUACUCCAUUGAUUCUGAUCCCUACUGGGAACCGCAGCUUAAAUUGAUCGACGACAAGUAUAUGAGCAUUGAUUUUCCCUUUGAGCCAGUUGAAGGAGGUGAUCAUACAGGACCAUUCAAGUUUGUAUCAGAGAAACUGAUGGAUUUAGAUGAGUAUUUUACGUACCUAAGGUCAUCGUCCGCCUAUCAAACGGCGAAGACAAAGGGUGUGGAGCUACUGAGGGAUGAUAUGAUCGAAAGUUUCAAGCGUGCUUGGAAUGAAGAUGGGCACGACCACAAAGUUGUCAAGUUUCCUGUUUUCCUGAGGAUUGGCAAGGUGGGAAAUGCAUGAGAUUGUAAAUCAAAUGGUUCACUAACUAGAUAAAUGGAAAAUAAAGUCAGGCUGAAAGUUAAGAUGUUCCUCAAUGAAAAGUUCUCUGUUGAUCAAUGUAAUGCUCAUGGAAUUAGAAUGUGGUGUGUCUUGUCUUGACGACUCUACCCCUUGAAGGCUGCUGCUUAAUGUCUUUGUUUUAGUCAAAAUGUCCAAUCUUCCACCAUCAAUAAGUUGGUAUUCGACCAAACA